GGGUGGUCUGUGCGCACACCAGGGAACGUUCAGGGCACAGGUGGUCUGUGCGCACACCAGGGACCAUUCAGGGCACGGGUGGUCUGUGCGCACACCAGGGACCGUUCAGGGAACGGGUGGUUGGUGCGCCCAACAGGGACAGUUCAGGACAUGGGUGGUCGGUGCGCACAACAGGGACAGUUUAGGACACGGGUGGUCGGUGCACACACUGGGGACAGUUCAGGGCACGGGUGGUCGGUGCGCACAAUGGUGACAGUUCAGGACAUGGGUGGUCGGUGUGCACAACAGGGACAGUUCAGAGCACGGCUGGUCGGUGCGCACAACAGGGGACAGUUCAGGACACGGGUGGUCGGUGCGUAUGCCAGGGACAGUUCAGGACACGGGUGGUUGGUUUACACACCAGGGACAGUUCAGGACACGGGUGGUCGGUGCACACGCCAGGGACAGUUCAGGACACGGGUGGUUGGUGCGCACACCAGGGACAGUUCAGGACACGGCAGUCGGUGCCCACACCAGGGACAGUUCAGGACAUGGCAGUCGGUGCCCACACCAGGGACAGUUCAAGACAUGGGUGGUCGGUGCGCACACCAGGGACAGUUCAGGACAUGGGUGGUCGGUGCGCACACCAGGGGCAGUUCAGGACAUGGGUGGUCGGUGCGCACACCAGGGACAGUUCAG